AUGACAGAGCCCAAUCUUUGCCCCGCUCAGUUCACUGACUACCACGAACAGACUCAGUGUGGCCUUUUCUCCCGUCUUCCGGCAGAAAUCCGUUAUGAGAUAUUUGCCAAUGCCCUGACAAGUGCUCCAAAUACUGCUCUACCGCUGGAGCAAGACGAGUAUUGCACCCGGCCAGGGUAUGAGACUCGGCACCGUACGUAUACCGAAUUGCUGCGAACCUGCAAGAAAAUCUAUAUGGAGGCAUGGUUCAUGCCGUUCAUCUGCUCAGAGCAUGCCUUCUUGAUGGCACAUUCAGACCGAACCCCGGAAAAGGCUAUCACAAUCGCGAGGAUGCAACAGGGCCUGGAUCUGAUCCAUGACCGACAUGGCGAGGUGCGAGGUGGUCAUGUCCGUGUAUUCCCUCAGCUCUGGGCACUUGAGGGCACGAGAGACUUGAAUGGGAUCCUCGGCUUGAAACAUUUCUACCCCACAUCCAUCACAAUCACAAUUCGAUACACCGACACCUGGAUGUGGGAGACAAACGAGGCCUUACAUAUCAAUGGAUCUUGGGCCAACAGGGUGGUGCUACCACCAAGUGUCACCAGAUUCUGCAUCGAUAUCGAGAGCAUCGAAAGACGCAAAGACGAAGUGGACUGGAUGGCUGAUCAAAUGGCCGACCAGUGGAAAUUCAAGCGCGGAGACCACACCACAAUGGUUGCAGACAAGUCCGAUGUCGCGAUAUCUAGGUGGACAGGUAGCUCAGUCCUAGGCGAACGUCGUUGGGUUCGUGAUGAGGUAGCACCUGGUCAGCUUCAGUAUUAUGUCAAGAGUGUACUCUGGCACCCUUCUCAGGAGUUGGAAGGUCGACACCAUAAUUGUGCUCUCGCAUUCGCUGGAACUCGACCAUCGCCGCGAGACUUUGAGUGGAGCUAUAUCAGUCAGGAUUAUUUGAAAUUUGCUCAAAUUCCAAUGAGUUUGCCAGCCGAGCAGGUGAUUGCAAAGUGCAUCGCUGAUGAGUACGACGAAAGCAAAUGCUACGGUACUGAUGCCUACUAUAUCUGUGGGCAUGGAUAUUCUGACGAUGAGAGUGACUCGGAGUGA